AUGAAACUUAGAAUUGUUUCGAAUUUGAUUUCCCAAGUGCUUCUUCGUAUUAACUCGCCUUCAUUAUGGGAAAUAAUUGAGACUAGAAUUAGCAAGUUAUAUCAUUGCUCUCAAUUUCAAUUUAGAAAUACUGAGGCUGAAGAAGAUGAUGAAUGCAAAGGAGAUCAAUUUCUUCCACAACUGCCAUAUUUAAAUGGGAAUCAAGCAAAUGUCAUCUUAUUCAAUUUUGAAACUGUGUUUGAUGGAAUUUUUGAUUAUAUGGAAAUCAUGAUUUGGUUGUUGACAAGAGUUAUUUUGUUCCAAUAUGUUGAAGGAGUAGAUACACUCAAAGGAAAUGUGCAAGCUAAGAGUAGAUUAGAAAUAUUAUGUAAAUGGCUUUGCAAAUUGUUGAUUGAGAAAUAUCCAACCUCAAAAUUUGCUUUCUAUUUUCAUAUUCUUAUUGUUCAAAUUCCUGAAUUAAUAUUUCUAUUCGUCCAUUGUGGAGAUAUGCAAACGAAGGAAGUGAAAAUAUUCAUGCUUAUCAUAUUCUCGGAUUAG